GUGAGGGGGGGCAACCAUCAGCUGGUGAUCUGAGCGACGCAUGGGCAGGCAGCGAUAGCGAGAGUACCAACUCUUCAGCCACAGCCAUGGGCGUCACUGCGGCAGCUCACUUGCCACACGUAACGUCUUCCUCCUACCCGUCGCUCCAGGCGCAUCUCCAGGCAGCGCACCAGGCCGUGCGCGUCUCAUCGUGGUCCCUCUCCAUCCGCCUUCUGCGCUCGACGCUCGACGAUGACAAGUCCCGACGCGGGCAAGUCGAAGGAGAGGGGGAGAAUGGUGCGAGUCAGACACCAGAGCAGGGAGCUGCGAGACGGACGAAGCUCAUGUAUCAAGUCACCAUCAGCGACUUUCCCAACGACGUCUUUGUUCUCGUCGAGGAUCCCGAGAGGCCUACGAGGGCAACCUUGCUCAACGAGGCCAGAUCAAGUCAUGCCGGGCUAUUGGCGAAGAACGGAGGCGUAGGGCUGAACACGGAGAUCCCAAAUGCUCCGGUUGUAGGCGAAGAUGGCAAAGCAGAGGUGAAGGACGAGGCAGCAACAGCAGCAGUCAAGGCAGCGCCAGAAGCCGAAAAUGGAGCGAGUGGAGAGAUUGUCGUCGUCGGGGAUCAGCCAAGCGAUGUCGAGAUGUCAGAUGCUCCAGUGCAAGGCAUGUCGAAGGAAGAGAAUGGCACUGCGACGGAGCCCACACCAACAACACGCUUCACGCUCUUUGCUGCCGCCUCGUCUUUUCCUAUGCUGCUCACCAGCCUCAACCUACCUCCGGCCCUUGGCGCACCGUCGCUCGGCGAUGGCGUCUCUUCGACGUCUCCGAGUGCUGGUCCCGGCGCCUGGAUGCAGCGUGGAGCGGCCCUGGUCGUGGAAGGCGCAACAUGGGAGCUUCCCUCCAUGGAAGGCAGCUUGGCGUCCGAGAACAGGGGCGAGUGGAAGAUUCGUUUGGGCCUCGUCAUGCAUGGUGGGACCAGGAGCGCAGGUGCCCUUCUAGAGGCAGAGUACCUUCCUCUGAAUGCGCUUCCCCCGACUUCGCCGCUUCUGACUUCUCAGUUGCGCAGCAUCUUCCCGGCCUACCUCCUUGCGCCGACAAACUCUGCUGGCGUGGUCCCCUCUGAUACGCUGUCUGCGACGCAGCCCUCGGCCGAUCUGUGGAGCGAGGUAGUGGUGCCACCGGAGGGCGAGGCGCAAGAGCUGCCAAACAGCCAGCGAAAGGAUCCGGGGUGGAUCGGCACAGAGAGGGGGAGGAGACUAGCAUUCAUGUACAUUAACUUGCUCCGAGCGCAGGGCAUCAUCUGAGCCAUACCUCUGUUACCGUCAUCAGUGUGAUUAUCAUCAAUAACAUCAUUGUCGUCAUCG